UUGGCCAUGCCUGUGUAGCCAAGACUCAGUUUAUAAACAUGACAGCUAAAGCUACACAGUUAGCAUAGCUUACCUGCAUAGCAUCUGCCUCCAAUGUUUUUUCUGUAAACCAGACUGAGCGAUCUCAGCGGUAAACAAUUCUGUUCUAGUCCCUCAAAGUUGCAGAGUGGCUUAGCAUGGCUAAGCUGUGAUAUUCAACACGCCACCAAACCUGCCUCCCAAGCCCAGCCCCUUGAGUUCAAGAGUGAAACUGAUUGUGUUGGAGCGACUUGCCUGUGAUAAGGUUUGUGUACUUCUGUAUUUGGCGUCUCAGGUUUCAAGUCAGAUCCUGUAUCCUGUAGCUGUUUUUCUCCACAACACACGAGUCAGCAUGGAUGGAUGUCCGGCACAGCAGUGACACAGAACAAUGAAUGGAUACUUGUCCUUUGGAGCAAUUAAGAAACACUAAUGUAACCCGAAGAAUGAACAACCAGGAAACAUCAGCAGACACCACUGAAACAAACUUUGGGGGUCCUGCUUUGCCCAAAGAAAGGAAGGUGAUCCACUUCUCCAGCGGUGAAACUCUGGUAGUUGAAGACAGCGAGGAGGAAGAGGAGGAGACGUCAAACAAAACUCCCUUUGAAGAACCUAAACAGAAGACUCUGCUAUCGUUCAAGAAUGUGGCCAUUCUAGUUGGGAGGUUUUCACUGCUGGCCUGUGACUUCCUCGGAGAAAGAUUAGCUGGUGCUCUUGGACUCAGUGCAGCCAAAUACCAGUACGCCAUAGAUCGCUAUCAACGUGAUCACAAGACAACAAACAGUCGAGCUCCAGAUGACCUCAAGAUGGGACAGACAGAGACCAUGACACUCUCUCCCAGGUCUGAUGGCAGUCAUUAUGGGGCCACAGGAGAUGUAAGUUGUCCUGCCAAUCCCCAGGAGAGCUCUGAUGAGAAACACAUGGCUGGAAAAGAAGGAUGUCACAACAAGGGCUAUCAAGCGGACGAGGAGCACUUGAAAUGAAUCUCAGAGAAGAAAUGCAAAAGAAUGUGAAGUCCCCGGGAUGGAAUGUUACAACAAUGUGAAGAAUAAAAAGCUAACAAAACAAACUAAAACAUUUUGCUGUGUCUAACUACCAGUGCAAGCUUUUUCCACCGUUCAUUCUUCCCAAUCCUGGCAAAACUGAGGUUCUUGUGUUCACUAAGUAGCUCUGUCAUUACUUCUGCCCCUUUGCCAACAAUAUCAAAUAAUCCACUAAGAUCCUCUGUCUUAUUUUUGACCAAAAAUUAAGAUGAGCUUGAGCUCAUCCAGUCUUAUUAACUUUACUUAAAAAAUAAUGCAAAAAUCAGACCUUUGAUUCCCAGUAAUGUAGAAUCUCUAGUAAACACUUUCAUUUUCUCCCCUCCUGAUUAUUGUAACUCUCUGCAUCUUAUUCCUCCUUAAUCCAUCUUCAAUUGGUCAACAAACCAACAGCUAGACUGCUAACAAGAACUAGCCUGCAUGUGAUUUAAUUUGAUUAAAAAAAAAUGUUAUUAAUAAUAUAUGAAGCCCUACGUGGACAGGCUCCUGUGUAGCAGAGCUACUGACCUUAUAAGUGCACCCGACCUCUCUGACCAUCUGACUGCUCCUCACUUUUUGGUUGUAGUUCCUAAA